AUGAAUGCCGACGACUUGACCACCUUGACGACUUUUAAUUUCGACGUUCCUGAAGGCGACAACAGUGACGAAUGGGGACUCUACCAGGUCUUCAACAAGUUCAAGGCUGCUGUUUCGGGACAAACACCUGCCAAUGCUUCAACACACAGCGAUGAGGAAUUGCGGUCCACUGAAUCAACGGCAGGGUCAGAGCAAAGGCAUAUUUUUGUUACUACACCCACACCACCCGCUUCUUGCAAGAGCUCCACUUGUACUAUUGGAUUGCCUACCCAAAGCUCUAUACGAGCCCCAUCAUCUACAGCAGUAACCACGGUGACGGCAUCAGCAGUGCACGAGGAUGAUGUCAGCCGACAACAACAACAGCAACAACAGCAACAGGAUGAAGGAGAUGACUAUCUUGGCCAACCUAUCAGUAAAACGGCUUCGAUUGAUAGCGACACACAUUCAGUAUCCACCACAUUUUCCAUAUCCACUUCGCAUUCAUUGAGUCGCAUCAUUGCUCGACUUCGAGGCCAAAAAUCAGACAAGGAGUUUUGGAUGUCAGAUGAACAGUGCAAGGAGUGUUACAAGUGCCGUAAGCCUUUCAAGCUACUACGAAGACGACAUCAUUGUCGCAUUUGUGGGCAAAUCUUUUGUGGCAAGUGUGCAUCUCAUACUAUCUCGGGUCAGCUUUACAACCAAAAGGGAGAAGUUCGUGUAUGCAACUUUUGUUUCCGAGAGCAUCACAUGGGACGAGAUGCAAGUGGAGAAACAGCAAUGAGAAGCAUUGAUCCAUUACCCGAACAUCAAUUAUUACCACACAAUGCAUCCGAAUCAGUGACAAUCAUUCCAUCUCAACCACCACCAAGCGCACCACCCAAAAUGCAUAUACCCACUCCCACUGUAAAACAUCCCAGCAGUCUCAGUCAACAAUAUGGGGAUUCCGAUGCAACCACUGUACAACUAGAGAUCACUACCGAUGCAUCCAGUCUACAUGAUCAUCCAAGGCCUUCUUUUCAAGCGAGCAAUACUACUACUGGUGCUACUACAAUUGCUGGUAGUAGUGGUGGUGGUGGUACCUUGUCACGUUCAGGAUCCAUUUCAGCAACAGCACCAGGAGGCAUGAGUGAUGUGGAUAUGGAACAAAAUGGAGAUGGUGGCUUACGACGAUUGUUGGAUGCGAGUGCAUCAUUAUUGAAAUCUUCUCGGCCACGUUCAAAUACAUCAUCGACAGUGGUGGUGGAAGAUCCUCGGCAUGUUAAUUCCAACCAUGGUUCGCCUUUGCCUUUUCAAAGCAAUUCGUUACAUGAUCGUGGUGGUGGAAUGUUGGUGGCGGAUCGAGAGCUUAGUCCAUUCAUGAGUCAUGGUGUCACCGACGAAGAAGAGGAGGAUGAUAUGGAAUACCAGCUAUAUGAUCUUUAUAGUCGGCCAGCAAGCCAUCCUGGUGGUGCAUCAUUUCGAAUGCCAUCCUCUGGAUCAAAUCAAUCACAACCUGUGAUGAUCAACAAGGUCGACUCAGCUACCUCUGUCAACAUGCAUGAUGCAGUGGAUAGUGAUGAUGAGGCAUACGACAAUCGUUUACGUUUAAAGCGCACGGAAGAAUUACGAGGUGUGGGACCUGAGAGAUCAUUAUCCUUGAGACGACAAAGCAUUGGCAGCUAUCGUUCUGGAUCAAGGUCAGCAACUGCACAGCAUCGACAUAAGGGUAUCAGGAUCAAUACAUCCAAUCUUCCAAAAGCGGAUUAUGCAUUGUUACAAAGCGAAGGAUGGUCUCCUGCUCCAUUCAUGUCUCCCUUUGAUGACAAGUACGCGAACACCCCCUUUGAGCACACUGCAUUCAAGUCGAGAUUUUUUGGGCCGCGUAGUCGAAGGAUAUCAGCUCCACCACCGAAUGUAGAGCUUAGUUAUGGUGCUCUUUUACAUGCUCGUCGAAUGUUGCGGCAACUUAUGGCUGAUGCUAGUUUCUCAAGUCUCUCCGAUCAAAUGAAAUCCGAUUGGGAGGGGAUCAUCACCAACUUGUUGCUCAAAGUCACCGACAAUGUGCGUCCUGAUGUACGAUCGGGUGAUGACAUGGAUAUCCGGCACUAUAUCAAGAUCAAAAAGGUGCCUGGUGGUCUUCCAUCUGACAGCUUUUAUGUUAAGGGUGUCAUGUUUACGAAGAAUGUGGCCCACAAGCGGAUGGUGCGUAACAUCUCUCAACCUCGUAUCUUGAUUCUACUCUUCUCAUUGGAUUAUUCACGUGUUGAAAUGGAGAACCAGCUCAUGUCCAUUGAACCGGUGAUUACUCAAGAAAGGGAACACAUCCGCAAACUCGUCAAUCGCAUUGUUGCUUUGCGUCCUUCCUUGCUGCUUGUCAAGUCCACAGUGUCACGUGUCGCUCUCGAAUACUUGUUGGAAGCCAACAUCCCUGUUAUUCACAAUGUCAAAUACAGCGUGAUAGAGGCUGUGGCAAGGUGUACUCAUGCAACCAUUGUCACAUCAGUGGAUAAGUUACAGCUUGGAAGCUUGUCAUUGGGCCAUUGUGGCACUUUUGAAAUACGCACGUUGAUACAUGAGUGGAUACCCAAUCGCAGAAAGACAUAUUUGAUUUUCGACGAGUGUCAGCCUGAUCUCGGUGGUACCAUUGUUUUACGUGGAGCAACCAAUGAGACGCUUCGAUUAAUUAAGCGGCUGAUUGAUUUUAUGGUGUUUGUGGUCAACAAUCUCAAGCUGGAGACAUCCUUAUUGCGUGAUUCAUUUGCAAAGAAUCGUAGCCUCGAUCAGCAAGAUAGCAAAAGCAAGGAUGAUUCACCCAUAUCACCGGAUACUGAAGCAGAGGAAAAGGGAGCAACAUUUGCAUCGGCAUCAAUUCAGGAUAUGGAUACCUCCGUCAACAAAUUUAUUCAUCUCUACCAAGACACCGUUUUAUCGGCAUCACAAUUUGUUGUCUUUCCAAAACCUUAUCUAUUGACAUGCCUCAAGGAGACCAAUGACAAGCUGGCAACAUUGGAAGCUUCUGCUGCAGCUAGUUCAUCGCCAAGCGGGAAAGCUGAGAGACAAAGCGUCAGCAGCAAUACCGAUCACCCGCCACAUCCAUCCUUUGACGGGGAAUAUGAGCAUUUGGUAGCAAGGAGGAAUCAGCUGGCGCGUGCAUGGGCAGCUUACGUUCGAGAGAGCAUCGACCACAUCAAUCCAUUUUAUCACCAAAACAUCAUGGUGCUGUAUUCCAAUGUCUGCACCAUCACCACUGUACCAUGUCAAGGUCCUGAAAUUCGCAUCUUUGAGUAUUAUUGUCCACCUGGUGAUAAGACACUCGGCCAAUACAUAUCCGAUCUUUGUCGUGACGCAUUAGAAUCAUGCCCUUCGUCCAUGUGUGAGCAUCCUGUGCAUCAUCAUUACAAGUCCUAUGCUCAUGGGAAUGCACGUAUCAAUGUCAUGAUCGAAAGCUUUCCAUGUCCUCAGUCUGGGAUGUCCGACAAGAUAUUGAUGUGGAGCUAUUGCAAGGAAUGUGAGCAACCUACGCCAGUGACCCCAAUGUCUGAGAAUACGUGGAAUUACUCGUUUGGCAAAUUCUUAGAGAUUUGCUUGUAUCAACGAGGAGUACAAUGCCGUGCCGAUAUUUGUCCUCAUGACAUUGGGUUGCAUCAUGUACGUUACUUUGGAUACAAGGAUUUCGCUGUUCGAUUCCAAUAUGAGCGUAUCGAUUUGCUGGAAGUGGCGCCUCCUCCCAUGAAGCUAUUUACGCUGAGCCAGGUCCAAAUCGAUCUCAAGGAGAACGAGUUCAAGACGUUGCGUAGCAAGAUUAGCCGAUUUUAUCAAUCCAUCAUUGAACGAAACAAGGCAUUUCCUUUUGAUUUGGUGGAUCCACGCAAGUUGGAAGCAUGCAAGGCUGAAUUGCAAGAGAUCUCGCAUCGAUCGGAUAGCGAAAAGAAACAAGUAUUGCAGAUUCUUCAAAAGGUGUAUGCACGCACAGAUCCAACCGAUGCAUUGACCAUCAAUUGGGUGAGACGCAUCCUCUUUGAGCAAAUCACGCAUUGGGAUAUUGAAUAUGCCGACUUUGUACGACACUAUUUGCAACCCGAACGAGAAUUGCGCAAGAUCACAGCAAGCCAUUUACGCAAGGUAUUCCCAGCUGAUAUGCCUGAAGAAGCGAGAGGAGGUGAACGCACCAAGCGGGCAGCUGAGAUGACUGAUUUGCCAUUAUUGGGAACCGAGUUGGAUGAUGAUUAUGAUGAUGACGAUGACAACGGCAGCUAUGAUUUGGAACAACAACAACGCCAACGACCACCUGCCAUGUUACCAAAGUUAUCAUGUUCACCUAUAACAUCAGAAAACGUUGAUGAUUGGAAAGGAGGAAGCAUCAUGGAUGAAAAGCAAGAGGAGGAUGAAGGGGAUCAAGGCAAAGACAAGAAGAGCGUAUCAUUGGAUGAACAUCCAUCAUUCUUACAGCAUGAAGUUCGACGUCGAUUGUCCUUGGAAUUGAUGCGAGAAUUCAAUGCAAAGUUCAAACAAGAAGAGGCUUCACCACGAGAGAAAGGCGUUGGAUACGCAAAACCCAAAGGCAACCAAAAUACCAGCAACAUGGCCCCUGGUGUCAAUAAUACCCCAUCGAGGAUACCAGUGUUACAUCUUGGUCACCAAAACAAGGCCAAGCUUUCACCCCCUCUAUAUGACACUUCAGUAUCACCUUCAGCCGUUUAUGAUGGCACUCGACCUUCCGUACAAAUUCAGCCUGCCGAACAACUUCAUCAACCAGAAAGCAUGAGAAGACGCAAAUCAAUGCUACCGGAUUGUCGAUACGACUUGCUAUUGACGGGUGAUCAUAAUGUCAGCGGAGGUGGUCAACUUUUCCCAAAUACAAAAUCACCCUUUGGCAACCCAAAGCACGCCUUGCAGCAUAUUCGACCGCAUACAUUUACUGGCAGCAGGAGUAAUGAAGACACAUUAUCAUCAGCAGCAGCAGCAAAGAGUGAUCCAAAACGUGCUUUUCCUCCACCACCACCUUCUACUGCAUCCCAUGGACGCCAAUUUCGAUCACGACUCCCGAGAAAAAAGACAUCAUUGCAAGUUUAUACGCGUGUGAAUGAUCUUGUGAGAGAAAAUAUGGAAGAUGAAUUACCAGAUGAAGAGCGUAUGCAUAUGGUCAACCAAGUCAUUGAUGAGCAUCCUCCUGCACCAAGCGGUGAUUCAGUAGACUAUUUUUCACCUAUGGCGCCCUACACCAAUCGAGUGACGGAGGCCCCUCGACCCUCCUUCUUUUCACAACACUAUCAAGGUGGUGGUGGUGGAGGAGGUGGUGGUGCAACAGAGCCCAUCACUGAUUUUGGAAUGGAACUUGAACGACAUCCACCACCAGCUGUGGAACUUUUGGAACCUCCACCCGUUAGUGUCAUGGCAGGCGUGUCUUCGAAUGAUAUCCGCAACCCUGAUGAGGAUGAUAGUGAAAGCUUGCAAAGUGAAAACCGGCAAAUGCUUGGGGAUAAAGCACGUGAUGACAAGUCGCAGCAGCAGCAGCAACAACAACAACCUGAAAAGAGCUCCAUCAUGAAAACAAUCACAAGUUUUCUUACCGAUAGUGGGGUUGCUAGUUUACUUCCUUUGGAGUAUCCACUGCAACCUACCGAGCACAUUUUCCCUGAUUCAUUUGUCAUUGUCAAUGAAGAAAAGCCAAGCACCAUUAUUGCCUACACACUCAGUUGCCAUGACUACCUUGCCAAAUUGUAUGGUGCUCAAGAUUCAGCAUCCGAGUUUUCAGUCGAUGAUAGCAUCGUGAAUGGUUCAACUGAUAUGCCUAUGCCAACCGAAAGCAGCACUGAUUCUUCACCCAUGCCGGCACCUGAUAUUCAAGAAACAUUAACACGUGAAUCGGGAUCACAUAUGGGAUACAGCUUCAGAACGGGAACGGGAACGACCAAGUUCGUGUGCAAGGUGUUUUUCGUUGAGCAAUUCGAUGCUUUGAGGCGUAAUUGUGGAUGUCACGAGAGCUAUAUCCAUUCUUUGGCCGAUUGUGUGAAAUGGGACUCAUCGGGUGGAAGAUCAGGUUCAGCGUUCCUAAAGACAGCCGAUGAUCGCUUAUUGAUGAAGCAAGUAUCACGAUUCGAGCUCGAUGCGUUUUUACGUUUUGCACCUGCCUACUUUCAUUACAUGUCGGAAGCAUUUUUCAGCGAGCUCCCUACUGUGCUAGCAAAGAUUUUCGGAUUCUACAGCAUCAGUUACAAGAACACGGUUACAGGAAAGUCAAUGAGGAUGGACGUGCUUGUCAUGGAGAAUCUAUUCUAUCAACGAAAGAUUAAGCAGAUUUUUGAUCUCAAGGGCUCGAUGCGUAAUCGACAUGUUCAAUCUACUGGAAAGCAGGAUGAAGUAUUACUGGAUGAAAAUCUCGUUGAAUUAAUCUACCAUUCACCAUUAUUUAUACGUGCACACGCCAAGGAACUUCUUCGUAGCUCUCUUCACAAUGAUACGCUCUUCCUCUCCAAUCGUAAUGUUAUGGAUUACUCACUUUUGGUUGGCAUCGAUGACGAACGGCAGGAGCUUGUGGUUGGCAUUGUCGAUUUCAUACGGACAUUCACAUGGGAUAAGAAAUUGGAGAGUUGGGUCAAGGAAUCUGGUAUUCUCGGUGGUGGUGGUAAGGGUCCAACAAUUGUAUCGCCUCGACAAUACCGUAUCCGUUUCAGAGAAGCCAUGGAGCGUUAUUUCCUUAUGGUGCCUGACGAGUGGUCAUUAACACGACAAAUUCGAGCACCCUAUACCGGCUUGUAUCAUCAUCAUCAACAGCAACUUCUUCCAGAGCAGCCAAUGAUCCAAUCACCCCUUCAACAGGAGCAACAGCAACAACAACCACAGGAGUGA